AUGAACGGAGUCAACGGCCACUAUGGCCAGCUAAAUCCUUGGCAGGAAUACAAGAGCCCCGAUGGGCGCGUGUAUUACCACCAUGCCAUCACGAAAGCGACGCAGUGGACCAAGCCGGAGGAGCUGAUGACGCCUGCUGAGCGCGCUCUCGCGAACCAACCUUGGAAAGAGUACACCGCCGAAGGUGGCCGCAAGUAUUGGUAUAAUACCGAAACGAAGCAAAGCUCCUGGGAGAUGCCCGAGGUAUACAGGACAGCAUUGGGUCAUGAAGCGACGCCCACCACGCCCGCUUCGGCUGCUGCACCUUUUACCUCUGGUGGCGCGUAUCCCGGUCCGGGCUAUGAUCACCACCGUGACCAUCGAGAGAGCCUACCAGAAUCGCGUCAACUGACACACGGAAGUGACCUCCGUGCCCAAGCCUUCGUCCCUGCGAACAACGAGCCUGAAUAUGCGACGCCCGAGGAGGCGGAGGCCGCUUUCACGAAGCUGCUGCGCCGCAGCGGCGUCCAGCCCGACUGGACUUGGGAGCAGACUAUGCGAGUUACGAUCAAGGAUCCCCAAUAUCGCGCCAUCAAGGACCCCAAGGAUAGGAAGGCUGCCUUUGAGAAGUAUUGCCAAGACAUGAUCAUCCAAGACAAGGAACGCGCAAAGGACAGGCUGACAAAGCUGCGUGCUGAUUUUGCUACUAUGCUCAAGAGUCACCCCGAGAUCAAGCAUUACACGCGUUGGAAGACGGCUCGCCCCAUUAUGGAGGGCGAGACCAUUUUCCGUUCCACCAGUGACGAGGAGGAGCGACGUCAGCUUUUCGAGGACUACGUGGCGGAACUCAAAAAAGUCCACGUUGAAAGCCAGGCCAGCCUCCGGAAGAGCGCUAUGGAUGGCCUCAUCGACCUCCUGCCAAAGCUGAAUCUCGAGCCCUAUACACGUUGGUCUGAAGCUCAAAACGUCCUUAAAGCAACCGCCCCUUUCCAGAAUGAUGAUAAAUACAAGGCCCUCACUAACUUUGAUAUUCUCACCGCUUUCCAAAAUCAUAUCAAGUCCUUGGAACGGAGUUUCAAUGAGACACGGCAGAACCAGAGAAAUAAGAAGCUUCGUGUCGAGCGGAAGCGCCGAGAUGCCUAUAUCGACUUGCUCCAGGAGCUCCGGAGGGCCGGCAAAAUCAAGGCAGGCGCGAGAUGGAGCCAGGUCUAUCCCUUGCUCGAGAAUGACGACCGAUUUAAAUCUAUUUGCGGCCAAGCCGGGUCGAGCCCCCUUGAUUUGUUCUGGGAUAUCGUCGAAGAAGAGGAGCGCGCCCUACGCACGACCAGGAACGACGUACUUGAUGUCAUGGACGAUAACCGAUUUGAGUUCACCCCCAAGACUACCUUUGAGGAGUUUUCUACUGCGUUGAAGAGUGAUCGACGCACUGCUAACAUUGACGGUGAUAUAUUAACGCUGAUCUUUGAACGGCUUCAGGAGAAGAAGUCAAAACGGUCCGAUGAGGACAGGCACUCCGAGCGCCAGCAGAGGAGAGCCAUCGACGACCUUCGUUCUUUCAUCAAGCAUAUGGAUCCACCUGUUGCUGCUGAGGAUACCUGGGAGAAAGUUCGACCCCGUCUUGCUCGUGCAGCGGAAUUCCAGGCCGUUAAAUCUGAGGACGCCCGUCGUGGCGCGUUUGAGAAAGUCUUGCGACGAGUACGUGACCGAGAGGAGGAAGAUAGAGAUCGUCAUAAACGUCGUGAUCGAUCUCCUGAUCGUGGUACGUAUCGAGAUAAAGACAGAGCAGACCGAUCUCACCGCAGUGAACGAGCCCGGCCCUCGCGCCAUAGUCGUAGCCCAGAACCGGAUGCAUACGAAGCCGAUCGCCGGAAGGCUAUUGCCGAGCGCGAGAAAAAUUACCGUAAGUCGAGUAUGGCUGAGAGUUUGCUGUCUGACCGUCGUCCGUCGGACACGUAUCGAGACCGCGACGUCCGCGAGCGGGAUCGUGAGCGGGAUCGUGAACGGGAUCGCGAGCGGGAUCGGGAUCGGGAUCGAGAUCGCGGGGAAAGGGAUUUUCCGCCUCGAUCUCGGCGUGAUGAAGCGCCGAGCCAUUAUGAGCGGGAGAGACGAGACCGCGAGGAGGAACGUGAACGGAUGUACCGACGUCGCGUUGAAAGGGCCCCAGUUGAGGAGCUGCCUUACGGUGACGAGCGCCCGACCUCGUCUCGCCGCCGCAGGGCGGACGACGACGACGAUCUAGAACGCCGUGACUCUAGAGACUCGAAGAGAUUGAGAAGAGAGAGAACACCGCGUGAGCGUUCCCCCCAUCGUGAGACUCGUCACAGAACUAGGACACCACCAGUAGUUCAACCACCUCCCAAGGAGGAUCCUGGUGUUCAUUCAGGAAGCGAAGAGGGUGAGAUCGAAGAAGACUAG